CCAAAAUAGUGCCUUGGUAUACAGUGGGAGGAGAAGAACCAUGGCAUCCUCUUGGCCAGCAAACCUGAUAGUCUGUGAUCCAUCUUCAUUGAGUGUCCAAGAGCUCGUGAAGAACCCUCUUCCCUCUCUUCCUCAACGCUACAUUCGCGAAGAUCAUUAUCAGUUCUCUGAAACUGAAAUCCUUACUGAUGCAGCCCCAAUACCCAUUCUUGACAUGAACCUCUUGCUCUCUGGGGAACACACAGAGGCUGAGCUCCAGAAAUUGCACUCAUCUUGUACAGACUGGGGCAUCUUUCAGGUGGUGAACCAUGGAGUCAGUGAGGAGGAGCUAGAGAAGCUCAGAACUGAGAUUGAAGAAUUCUUCAGGCUGCCACUGCAAGAGAAGAUGAAGUAUAAGAUAAGGCCAGGUGAUGUUGAAGGAUAUGGAACUGUAAUUAGAUCACAAGAUCAGAAACAAGAUUGGUGUGAUAGGUUCUAUAUGACUAUCAACCCCAUUCACCAACGAAAGCCAUAUCUCUUCCCAGAGCUCCCUUCAUCCCUCAGGACUAUCUUGGAUUUAUACAUACAGAAAGUGCAAAAUCUAGGAAUGACAGUGGUGGGUUUGCUGGAGAAGGCUCUGAAAAUGGAGGGGAGAGAGAUGAGAGAGGUGUUUGAGGAUGGGAUGCAAUCACUGAGAAUGACAUACUAUCCUCCAUGCCCAAAACCAGAGCUGGUUAUGGGGUUUGGUGCUCAUUCAGAUGCCACGGUAAUCACUAUCCUGAACCAGAUCAAUGGAGUGAGUGGCCUUCAGGUUAAGAAAAAUGGCGUCUGGCUUCCUGUGAACAUCCUCCCUAAUGCCCUUGUUGUCAACGCUGGAGACAUUCUAGAGAUUAUGAGCAAUGGCGUGUACAGAAGUGCGGAGCACAGGGCAACAGUGAAUUCAAACAAGGAAAGAAUCUCCCUGGCUUUGUUCUUCCUCGCCAAACUUGACUCUGAAAUUGGACCUGCGAAGAGUCUGAUGAGCCCAGAGAAUCCUCCACUGUUCAAAAGUAUUGGGAUGGAAAAAUUUGUGCAUGAUUUCUUCUCUCGCAAGCAACAAGGGAAGUCAUUCUUAGAGCACCUGAGGAUUAAAAAAGAACAUGCCACCAGCACCGUCUAAUUAAUCAUAUACUGUUAAUUAUUAUAGCAUAAUGUGUGAUUCUCUGUAUAUCUAUCAUCUUGAAUAAAAGUGGCAUGUGAUAUAAAGCGUAUGUAUUAGAGUCCUGUUUAUGUAGUCCAUCAUGCAGGUCCUAUGUUGUGAAUAAAAUGUGUUGUUAUAUA